AUGGUCCCAACGAUCCAGCGUAUCCCAUCAUCAUCUACAAUGAACACGAGCGGGCGUGAUCCAAUUCUAGAUGGCCCUUACUCUGACCAGAGGAGCUGCUAUCUGCUCAAACUUUCCCUCGAACUGCGCUUACAUAUUUGGGAAUACGUCUGCCCCCCUGGUCAAUAUUCUGGCAUGCUGAAGGGCUUGUUUGGUAACGAACAAUGUCUUCAACUACAUUCGUUAAAAUACAAAGACAUAGUCGGAAGAGAGUGUGGCUAUGAACCGCCUGAAUACUACGAAUAUGUUCCAAAUCGCGCGCGAGAGGAAGGCCACCCUUCUUUGCUUCUCUCUAUCGGGCAGACUUGUCGAGUAGUGUACCAAGAUGUUAUCCCAUUGCUAUACGGCAAUCACACUUUCAUCUUCUUCUAUGAAAAAGACCUAAUCUCAUUUCUCUCCAAUAUCCCCUCUACUCACCUUCAGUUCGUCCGCCACGUGGUUCUUAAUCUGUAUCUCAAGCUGGAGAAACAGCGCACCGCGGGCUGGGCGUCUCAAAAAACACGGCCUAUCCGCACGCGCAGCACUACCCCUCAACGGCAGGCUAGAAAUAGAGAUUGGUCCGCAGCGGUUGAGAAACUUCUCAGUCUUCCGAAGUUGAAAAUGCUCAAUGUCAAUAUGGAUGAUAAUCACAUUCGCCAGCCGAAGAGUUUAGGAUACACAGACGAGCUGCGGCUGAAAUCGACGGUCGAGCUGCUACGGUCAUUCACGGGGAAAAGAAAUCUGGUGGAAGGCAGGUGGGUGGUUUUGGUAGGGGCAAAGUCGGGGCAAGAGCUAACCGAUUAUGUCGCGCUGCUUGACGCCACGCUACAGGACGAAGGAAUCCCUUUCGAGGCGAUAGAUCCUCAUAAGCUGACCCCACCGUUUCCACCUACAUUCAUUCCGUCUUAUAUGAUGGAUAUGAUUGUGUGCUAUGCGCUUCCGCCCGAUGAAGACGACGAUGACUUGUAG